CGAAGUCCAAUGCACAAGUUGCGGGAAUUGGUGAUGAUGUCGAGGAAGGAAGUCGACCUCGAGAAUGACGAACAUGAAGAUGAAGCCUCGUCUAGAACAUCUUCUACUUCUGCUUCAAGUAGUAACACUAAACGCACUUGGACCAAAAGCAGAAUUCGUCUUCGCAAACUGUUGGAAGCAGAAGUUCUAGAGUACCUUGCGGAACGAAAAGUACGCAAGCUGGUUACACGUGCAAAAGACGAAGACGAAAUCAACAUCCUCGCACGAGAACAAGUGGUGGAACAACAACAACGACACGAGGAACAAGCUCGACAAAAUCUUCAAACACAAGAACGCAGUCGUGCCCCAUCAACUUCGCUACCUUCUAGCACGACACAAAUAGGAGCAAAAGGACAAGAGCAAGAACCCAUGACUUUGGCG